AUGGAACCUUUUACACGACCUGCCACAACCGGAGCCACUUUUUCUUCCGAGGCGCCCGCCGGCGGCGCCUGCUGCGCGAACAAUGCGGAGCGGCCCUGGAGGGAGCGCUUCGCCCACGGGGCCCUGGACUGGGGCCUCGAGAACCGACUUACAGCCCGCGAGCUGUCCAUGCUGCGCCUGAUGAACGACAUCACCGACAAGGAAGGCUGGGAAAGAGAAUCAACGACGACCAACGACAAGGCGUGGGAGUGGUGCCUCACGGAGCUUCGGGACAAGGCCCGAGCGUUCGCCCGGACCGGACGUGUCCGGGUGUUGGACGCCGGCGCUUGCAUAUGUAAGGGCAAGGCCGGGCUGAAAAGUGAUGUGUACCGGCGACUGGAUUCUGCCGUCCGGGUGCUUAUUGCGCGGGAGGGCCCGUUUAAAUCGUCCGGAUCGGACGCCGGUAGCAAGGGGCCCAGCGUCAAGAUUGUUGACCCUUCGCUUUACCCCCUUGUGUAUGGACGGACCGGGGUCCUCCCGGAGGACAAAAAAUUGGAUUUAGAUGAUAUUUGGAAACACGUCUCUGGCGGAGUGCGCUCGCAGGUUCUCCCGCACGAGCUCGACUCUCUCCUCCCCCGCCGCCCAGGGGAGUCCGUAGACUAG